AUGGUUGCUAUUACGGAAGCUAGUCAGGCUGUCAUGUCCAAGUCUGAUACUUCCUCCUCCAAUGACCACGAAUCCAUCUCGAAGGAAGUCGUAUCAAAUGUCAGGGAGGCAAGCUCCGAGAAUGAUGAAAAACAGAUUAGAUCUCGGUGGCGCAAAAUUGUGGGCUUCGUCUGGGAUUCCGUCGAAGGUAAUGCCUUCGUCAGUGGAAUGCAGGAAGACCUCCAACUGUACGGCAACGAGCGUAACUGGUUAAAUACAUGGUUCAGCUUGGGUAUUAUGGUUGGCAGUGUACCUGCACAGAUGUCACAGGUCAGCUUCAUCAGAUCAUCUUACUUGCUGCCCACUUGUGAGCUCAUCUGGUCUGCUUUGGUUAUUGGUAUGGGUUUCGCCAAGAAUAUCAAGACGAUGUAUGUGCUGCGAUUUUUUAUUGGCCUGUUUGAGGCUUGCUCAUUCCCUGGCUAUAUCGCCAUGCUUGGUGGUUGGUAUGGCCCUAAAGAGUUGACCAAGCGCUUGGCCAUUCUGCUCCAGAUCGAGUCCAUCGCUUCCAUGUUCAGUAGCUAUCUCCAGGCAGGCUUGUAUAGCAGUAUGGAUGGCCACGCAGGUCUUGCAGGUUGGAGGUGGAUGUUUAUUUUCGAUGCGGUCAUCACUUUCUACUGGCGUCCUGAGGACGUACGCUACGGAAUUGAACGAAUCGAGAAAUUGGGACAGAAAGCUCAGACAAAAUUGACUAAAAGCGAGAUCAAGCGUAUCUUCUUGGGCUGGGAGCUUUGGUCAUUUGUGGUACCAUACACUAUGGUUGCUGCAUGCCACUCGGCAACUAGCUACUUCAAUCUCUGGUUGAAAGCCGCCGGGUAUAGUGUUGUGAAAGUUAAUGUCUUACCCACAGGUGGCAGCGCCUUGGAUAUUGUUGUCACUAUCUUGUGGGGUAUGAUUGCUGAUCGAUAUGGAAAACAUUACUGGUUAAUCAUCAGUAUACAACUAUUGAUGAUGCUCUCCAAUAUCCUGCUUUCCAUAUGGACAAUCCCUAAGGCUGCUCUAAUGUUCGCCUUCUACCUCUCAUAUGCUGGCUCUGCGGCUACUCCAGUUCUCAUUGCGUGGGCCAAUACGCUCAAUGCAGCCGAUCCUACUCUACGACAUCUUUUAGUUGCCGUCGCCAAUGUUGUAUCGUACGCGUGGGUGUUGUGGGUACCACUUGUCUUGUUCCCUACUCAGGAUGCACCCAAGUACAAGUAUGGAUACCAGAUCUUGAUCUUAUUUGGUGGUCUGGCGAUCAUCAGUGUCACUUUCAUGGGUUACAUGCAUAGACGAAAAGCACAAAAUGCAGCUUCUCAAAGUACUGCAUAG